AAUAGCGUUAGCUAGCUAGCUAGCUAGUUAGUUAACAGACAGCCACUCAGGCUGCAUUGUUUUGCUAAAAAAAAUAACUAGCUAGCUAGCUUGGCAAUACUCUCAGAUGACUGGAAAUGUUUACUUUUGAAUAACUUAUGUACAGUUCACACAACUCUUAAAUAGGACAAGAGAAAAAUUACGUUAAGACUAGUGUCCCCUCUCUUUCCCAAUAUGAGUUCUCGACGACCAGAUAGCUUUGACGGCUUAGGUUAUAGGGGUAGGGAAGAUCCAACUUUUGCAGGAGGCUACUCGGGAAGGUCAUUUAAUAAUUCGUCGAAUAUGGAACUUCAUCACUGGGUCACCACACCUCCAGAUAUACCUGGCAGCAGAAAUCUGCAUUUUGGUGAUGGCACGCCACAGUUUGAAACGGCCCCUGCGCCAUCUGGGGCUGGAGACGACAUUCAGUCGGAUGCCCCACCAUCCGAUCAGUUGAACAGGUUUGCUGGCUUUGGGAUAGGACUUGCAAGCCUCUUUACAGAAAAUGUCCUUGCCCACCCAUGUAUUGUAUUUCGGCGGCAGUGCCAGGUGAAUUACCAUGCCAGGUUCUACCACCUGUCGCCACUGACUGCUCUAGGAGUGAUGUACAAUAUCACUAAAUCACAGGGUCCAAAAGCCCUCUGGAAAGGAAUGGGCAGCACUUUUGUCAUCCAGGGAGUGACUCUUGGGACUGAGGGCAUAAUUAGUGAAUGCACGCCACUGCCAAGGGAGCUGUCACACAAAUGGAAUCCAAAGCAAAUUUUGGGCCACCUAGUACUGAAAGGUUUAACAUAUGUGGUUGCAAUGCCAUUUUACUCAGCAAGCCUCAUUGAAACCGUUCAGAGUGAGAUAAUUCGGGACAACCCUGGUAUCCUGGACUGUGUGAAGGAGGGCAUGGGCCGUAUCAUGGGUCUUGGUGUGCCCCACAGCAAGCGCUUGCUUCCCCUGUGGGGUUUGCUCUUCCCAACCGUGCUCCACGGUGUGCUGCAUUACAUCAUCACCUCCAGCGUGCAGAAGCUGGUGCUGUACCUACUGCGUCAUGACUUGCCCAAGCGUGCAGGCCCCAAUUCCAGCUCCAACACUGUCCAGAACAUGCUUGAUGCCUACUUCCCAGAGCUUAUUGCUAGCUUUGCAGCUAACCUGUGUGCUGAUGUGCUGCUGUUUCCUCUGGAGACAGUAUUGCACAGGCUGCAUGUCCAAGGGACCCGCACAAUCAUAGACAACACUGACCUGGGCUUUGAGGUGUUGCCCAUUAACACCCAGUAUGAAGGUAUGAGGGACUGUGUAAAUGUGAUACGGCGGGAGGAGGGCAUUCUGGGCUUCUACAAGGGCUUUGGCACAAUUGUGAUCCAGUACUCGCUCCAUGCAGCAGUGCUGCAGAUUACCAAGAUGAUCUACUCGACGCUUUUGCAAAAUGCCUGAGUGGAGCAACUUUGUUAGAAAAUGUGUGAUAGAUGGGUCCUUCUGUGUUAUAUUUUUUGUGCGUGUGUAUGGGAUUGUGUCUGUGCAUGUGUGGGCUAGUAAGCUCAUUCCAGGGAACCGUGACCUAUUCACUAGUUUGUUUCAUUGCUUUGUUUCAUAAAGCACUUUUAGUCUUUACUUGCAUGAUACAGCUGAUUAAAGCAGCAGUAACAAAAGCUUAAGGAUUAGCUAUUAACGUAAUGGUCACACGCUUUUUGCCCUGCUAGCCCCAUACCAGCCUGGUUGUGUGUUGCUACUUUUACUCCUAGGUUGUCCAAAAUUUUUCUUCCCCUUCUGCCUUGGGACAGACAUCCAACAGUGGUAUGAAUGCAGCACUUGUUUAUAUAUGGUAACAGAUUGAAAAAGACUAAGCCAAAUUAUCUGGAGAUUUAUUGUACAUAAAUUAUAUGAAAAUGUCAUGGUUAUUUGCAACCUGGUAAUAUUUGUACCAUUGUUUAAAUAGGCGAAAAUGUUACCAUCCACUGGAUUCAUUACAAAUACUUUUUUUAUUUUGAAAAUAAUCAUCAGUGCAGUGAGCACAUGGCACUAACUAAGGCACAUGUCAUUAAAUGUGUCAAGUUUUGACAGCAACAUUUUUUUUGUAGCCCAUGUUUUAGCUGCUCUGCAUUGACAAAUUGUAAUAUUGAGUAUGGUGAUUGAAAAUAAAUGUAUCAAAACAUUG